CACCAGACCCGUCUCCAAGCUAGUCACGCUAGUGUGUAAAAGCACAAAACUCUUCUUUAAGGGUGUGCAAUGACAGUUAAGAAAGCCAUGGACAUGUGACUAGUGUUAUAAAUACUGAUAAAUCACUACCUAAUACACCUUAUCACUCGCUCUCAUUCAGGACGUGAAGGAUGGCCACGAUGACUCUCUUUAUUUCUGUUGUGGGACUUGCUUUGCUGCAAUCGUACUGUUUUUCAAUAGAUACCAACACCCAGAACCCCGCCUUCCAGAAGGAGAUUGUUGACCUGCAUAAUGACGUGAGGCGUGGGGUUCAGCCCCCAGCUAGAGACAUGUUGCAGAUGACCUGGAACAAUGAGGCAGCUGCCAAUGCCCAGAAAUGGGCCAAUCAAUGCAUCCCAGCCCACAGCCCCGCCGACCAGAGAAGAACCAGCACCUCUGGAGGUGGAGAGAACUUGUCUGCGUACCCCUUUGAGUCAACCUGGAAGAAAGCCUUCAAAUCUUGGCAAAGCGAGGUCAAAUUGUUUAACUUUUCCAAUGAAAUAAUUGAUUGGGAAAAGGUUGGUCACUACACUCAGGUGGUAUGGGCCACUUCUAAGGAGAUUGGCUGUGGUGCAAACCACUGCCCAAACAACCCCAAGUGGAAAUACAUCUUGGUAUGCCAAUAUUGUCCCCCCUUAGACCUGCAAGUUCACCAGCGACUGGAUCAUCCGAGAGGCUCAACUGAACUGUUAUUGAAGUUGUCAUGUCUACACAACAUCAAAUUCCCAUUGACAUUAAGCCCAGGUGUUUUGUAAAAGCACUUUGUGACAUCUGCUGAUGUAAAAAGGGCUUUAUAAAUACAUUUGAUUGAUUUGGACUGUUUUUAAACUAGUUGGGUCGCUGGAUUGGGGUUAAUUGCAAAUAAAUGUUGUCUUAAGCAUCAAACUACAAGUACAUUUAUUUUCUUACAACAUGAAGACAAGAGAAUGCUAUGUACCGAAUACAUUGACUUUCUUUUGAGCAGUCAAACGUCAUAUACCAAGAGACCAUAUACCAUGGGUGUGACUCAUCUUAAUAUACUAUAAGGUCUUUAUAUACUAUGGCCAAGAAUAUUAUUGUGAACCACAAAAGUACAUUCAUUUUUUUAUAGCUUCAAGACCAAAGCUACUAAUGCUAGUUACCAAGGACAUUAUCUUGCAUGGUAGGAACAUACUCUAGUUGUUACAAUGGUAUACUUUACAUUUGGGACAGGUUAUUUGUCCUAAAAUCCAUCCCAACCAAUAGAAUUUCCUAAAGUCAUGCAUGUGAUACUGCUCCCAUCAGAUAACCAGUCAUAAUUAGCCUGAUGCUGAAAUCCUGCAUGAACCAAUAACAAAUAUUGAUGUAGGACUUGGACUUGUUACAACACUUUCUAAUCAAAGCAAAGCGCCCUUAACAGAAGCAAAUGGUCAGGUUGUGAUGAGGGCCAGUUGCUGAUGAGACAGAUUAAGCUAGUGUUCAGAUCAACUGGGAACUUGGACAUUUUUAAUCUCUCACCAGCAGAGCCAUCGUCAGGAAUCCUGGGCACCCUGCAAAGAUAUAUUGCCUGGGCCCCCUCAUUUAUAGAUGACAUUCAUGGUAAUAAAAUCUGUGGACCCAGCCAAGGCAGGUCCGUGUGUAUCACAACCACCCUUCAAUGCAUUAGCUACAUCCCUGCUGACUAGUGCUUUCAAGACCAUUGUUGGGGGGAAAGUUCUGAAUGGGCGAAAUAAUUUUUUGUGUUCAUGCUACUUUAAAUUCCAAGAUGGAAACUAGGCCACAAAAAAGGAGAUGAGGAGAGGGGAUGUGAGGAUAAGAAACAGCAUUCCAAGGAUUAUAAACCAGAAGAAGUUCACAGUUUCAAAAUAUUCUAAAAUGUUGCAGAUAGAAAUUCCAAAAUACAGAUGUUAAAAUCCAAUCCAAUUUGUACAUAGUAUAUCUAGCUAAUACAUUGUCUACAUUGUAUUUCACAGCCAAUCAGCUACUUUCAAUUAGUGGAGUUCCACACUCAAUUAAAAGCCCAUUGGCUAGUGAUUAUGAGUGUUUGUCACACCUGUAACCUAAGAUUGUGCUAUAAAUACAGCAGAUGGUGCUUGUUACUUGCAUGUUUGAGGUGAAGGUAAAUGACAUGAAUGUGAACUGACCAUGAAAAUGUACAGGCACUUGGAAAUGUCCGCAGAGUUUUGACUGACUCUAGGGUGUAUUUGCUCAUUCUUUUCCCAGGUCAAACAAUGUCUGUGUUCAUUUGUGUUGUGGGAGUCCUUGUGCUGCUGGCUCCUUGCUGUUUGUUGGUAGAUAUCGACACCAGCCAUGAUAUGGUUGUGAUAGAGAUCGUUAAAAA